AUGGCAAUUGGGGAGCUCAAGACGAGACUGCGAGCCAAGUUCAGUAGGAGGCAUUCUACUGCUUCGUCGCUUUCUCAGUCCUCAGCAGACGGCGAACAAACGCCAACAACUCCUACACCCACGCGCAAGACCCCCCGCUCUCUACGCUCCCGGCAUAGCCAGCGACCCGCUUCGACAUUCGACGGCGCGACAAUCGACGAGAAGGAAUCCCCUCUGCGUGGAGUGAUUGAAGACGAGGCUAUUGGACCUAAGAAUGAGGUUGAUGAGCGGGACGAGGCCACCAGCGUCAAGUUAGCUGAGACGAGCAGCGAUCUGCAUCUGCAAUCUGCAUCUCCAUCAACAACUUUCGCAAACCCCCUCGAAGCCAAUCUCGACGACCAGAAACACGAUUCCUCGUCCGCGACCGCCGACUUCCCGACCCCGAAUACCGAUAUCCCUGCUGUGCGAGAGGAGGACGAGGAGAAUGAGGGCCGUGCCGAGGAGAGGAAUAUAGAGAUAAACUUUCCGGCCCCGGGCACUGGCAGCGACAAUACUUCUAGCACGCAGAGACCGUCGGGCCUUUCGAGGAGACAGAGCCUGUUGCCGCAUCAGCAGACGAGGUUGAUCAAGACGUUACUGGAGACGGAAUUGCCUCCGCAAUCCAGAGCUGCAAAUCUUGAUUAUUUUACGGCAAACGGGCCCUCGACUAUCAGUCCCAAUAUGGUGAGCAGGAAGAUAUGGGUCAAGCGGCCGCAGCAGUCGGCGACGCUGGUGCAAAUUCAUGAGGAUGAUUUGGUUGAUGAUGUGCGGGAUAUGAUUUUGCGGAAGUAUGCAAAUUCGCUGGGCAGGAAUUUUGAUGCUCCGGAUGUCACGUUGAGGAUUGCCCCUCGAGAACAGAGACAGGAGAGGACUUUGGGACCAGAGGAGCCGAUGACCAGGACAUUGGAUGCAUACUAUCCGGGAGGACAGACUGUGGAUGAGGCGUUGAUUAUCGAUGUCCCGUUGAGAAGGACACCGAAGCCUUCCCCCCAACCACAACGGGGUUACUAUGAUGAAAAUCGACCUGCAGAGGGAGGCUCAGAUUACUUUCCUCCCAUGCCGGUUCCUACGGCUCCAUUGCCACAACUUUCGAACACCGCACCAGUAGUCAAUGGCCAGGCAAACCCUCAUCACCCUUCACUGACCACCCAUUCAAUGUCAGUCCUCACAACAGGUCACGUCCCGGCUCUCCCUUCUCCUGGAAGCAAUAGGAGACACCACAGAGACAGACCCAGAAUAGGCCGUACACACACCUCGUCCCCCACGGUAAUCGGCAACAGCGCCCAGGCCCCGAUAGUGAACAAUGGUACGCUACCCUUCCUCCGAGCCCCGCGCUCACGCACUCACUCGAGUGCCUCAGAAACUUCCAACGCCCCGCCUAUCGCUCCCCCCUUACCGACUCCACCAGCGCCUCAACCUUCCGACAAUCUUCAAGUCCAACGCGUCGCUACCCCUCCUCCGCGAGUCUCGUCUCCCAGGCCUGUAGCACGAGCAAAGAAAGCCAAGAAAACAAACGCAGAGCACCCCUCCCUGCCCGCAGGAAUGCUCAACGGUGCCGUCCCCCCAAUCAACGUCCUCAUCGUUGAAGACAACAUUAUCAACCUCAAGCUCCUCGAAGCCUUCAUGAAGCGUCUAAAAGUGCGUUGGCAAACAGCCAUGAACGGUCGGGAAGCAGUAACCAAAUGGCGAGCCGGCGGUUUCCAUUUAGUCCUCAUGGACAUCCAGCUCCCUAUCAUGAGUGGAUUGGAAGCUACGAAGGAGAUCCGGAGACUGGAGAGAGUGAAUUGUAUUGGUAUUUUUGGCAGUAGUGCCAGUAGCAGUGCGCCUGAGGUUGGCGAGGAAGGCAAUGGAGAAGUGGAGGACGAUGAUAGAUUGCCCAGCACGGCUAUGUUCAAAUCGCCCGUCAUUAUCGUCGCUCUUACUGCCUCGUCGCUGCAAUCGGACAGACAUGAAGCGUUGGCUGCGGGAUGUAAUGACUUCCUUACCAAGCCUGUCAACUUCGUCUGGCUCGAACGGAAGGUCAUGGAAUGGGGCUGCAUGCAAGCACUAAUCGACUUCGACGGCUGGCGCAAAUGGAAGGACUUCUCGCAAUCGACAACCAACUCCGCGCAUGAUUCCGAGAAAGAAGGAAAGGGUAAAUCGGCGCUUGAAAAGAAGAAGAAGAAGAAUCGCGCGAGUUUGGGGAGUGCGAAUCCGGCGAGUAGUAGCAGGGCUAAUGUCGCGGGCAUUAGGGAGGAAGGGGGUGCUAUUGCUGCGUAA